CUCUACCGCUCCCCCCACCCUCGUAUUUUAUUUGUGUCUGUCAACUUUGCAUCUGCGAUAGCUCUCUCUUCUCUCCUUCCUUCUCCCUCAGAAAUCCCCGCAGAUUUUAUCGGGAUUUUAAAUCACCAAAAAUUAUUUACUUAAUGCAUGUCUCGUUGCAUUGCUCGCUAAAUAAAAAUGUUACAAAGCUAGCUUCAAUGCCUCUGUGCGCUCCUGCCGCUUCUCCUCCCUCUUCUCGUGGCUUUCUUCCUCCUAACAUUAAUUCCCUGUGCCUUCUGGGUUUAUUUAUUUAAGCACCUGUUAGAGCCUCAUUCGGUUGGUUCGAGAGGUUACUCUCUGCAUGCAAAUUGCAAAUUUGUAAGUACUUGUAUAGCAUAUUGCUUCUGGGCCUGCCAAAGUUCUCCACGCACGCUUGUGUUUGGUUUCAGUUCGCUGUGAUUAUCAUGUCACAAUUGCCUCCCAAGAUCCCAAACAUGACACCCAAUUGGCCUGAUUUUUCUCAUCAGAAGAUGCCUUCCCUUGCAAGUUUGUCGCCGAAUAAUGUAGCUGCCAGCUCAAACACUGCCAAUCAAAAUCCUUCUUGGGUGGACGAAUUCCUUAACUUCUCGUCGGCCCGACGGGCGCAUCGGCGAUCCAUGAGCGACUCCAUUGCCUUCAUCGAGGCUCCAAUGCUGGACGAUUGUCGCGGUAACCCGGGCAUGAUUCCUCCGAGGUCUGGGGGUGACAAUGAGUUCGACAGAUUUGAUGAUGACCAAUUCAUGUCUAUGUUCACCGACGAUUUAUCCGGGGCUCCCUUGCCCCCCACCGUCUCGUCCUCGAACCCUUCAAGCCCUUCUGAUCAUAACAGCAUUAAUGAUGAGAAAGAUACCGGCCAAAACGAUAACCGACCGGAGGAGGAGAAAAAGAAGGAGCAUGACCCAGCAGAAACAAUGAAGAAUGAACCGGAUGAGGUUGAAAGCCAACACGAGCAGGAAACUCAAGCUGCAAAUAACACCAAUACAGCUUCUUCCGCUGACAAAAUUACUGACCCUAAGAGAGUGAAGAGAAUCCUGGCAAACAGACAAUCUGCACAGAGGUCACGAGUGAGGAAGCUGCACUAUAUAUCGGAGCUUGAACGAAGUGUAACUUCAUUACAGGCCGAAGUUUCAGUGCUAUCUCCAAGAGUUGCAUUUUUGGAUCAUCAGCGAUUGCUUCUAAACGUCGACAACAGUGCGCUGAAGCAAAGAAUCGCCGCCCUGGCCCAAGACAAGAUCUUUAAGGAUGCUCAUCAAGAGGCUCUGAAGAGGGAGAUAGAGAGACUGAGGCAAGUAUAUCACCUUCAGAACCUCAAGAAAAUGGAAAAUGCUGCAGGGCCACCAUCACCAUCCUCAUCUCCGUCACCAAACACAGAAUGUGGUGCUAAGACAGAAAAGGAACAACUUCUCAACAUCUGAAACCUCCCAAAAAGACUCUCCCAAAGUAUGAUCAAGUAGCUAAUUUUACAUCUCAUGGAGUGAUUCUUUUCAUUAUUGGAUAAAAGAUAAUUGCAGUGUUUAGGAAGAGAUGGGAGAAAAGGAUAAAAAAAAAAUACGGGGAAACGCUUUCUUCUGCGCCUGUAAGGUAUUGAAUGGUUAUGGUACCACUGAUGGGUCAGCGAUGAUGGGAAUUUUUAUUAGCCAACAUGAAGAAAAUAUACACUGAGAGAGGCAUCACAUUGUUAGUGGGAGGCCAUUGGGACGCUUCUGCAAUCAACUGUGCUGUCACGUGAUGUGCUACCUUUAAAGAAGGGGACCACUCAAAGUUUGCAUGAUUGGUAUGCGGGGAAACACAUGUGCACCAGUGGCAAUCUAAAGAGGGUGGAUGAAACUGUCUGCUUUAACUAAAUUGUGUGAAGAUACAAUGAGAUCAUUCUUUCAGUUUUUUUAUCAUUGUCUUUGAUUCUUUUCUUUCAUUUCUUUUUUCUCUUCAACUUGGUGUUCUUUUUUUUUUUUUGGAUGGACAGUGUAUUGUUAAGUCAAGCUGGAAAGCAAUUACUAGUGGGGCCGAGUUGGAAUAGAUGAAAGGAAGGCAGGCAUGUGAGUGAAGGGUCCUCUGGGUUUUGUUGUAUUUUUUGUUUUCUUUCUCUUGCAGAGGAGGUCUUCAAAACCUGGAUAAAUUUGGAUUUGUAAAGAUUAAGUUCUGAUUAAUUUUAAAGACUGAGGUUAUUAUUA